GCGCACGCUGCGCUCGGUGCCUCGCCAAUCCCAGACCACGGUGAAGCCAGCCAAGGAAACCCCCCUCCGUAGGCCGUAGCCUUCGUUCACGGACGAGGCUGAUCGAUCGAGACGUCCGCAUGGGGGCCGAGGCGGUGACUACCCACCCGGGCGUGCUGCUCGUGCCGUUCCCGGCGCAGGGCCACGUCACGCCCAUGCUGCAGCUGGCGCGCGCGCUCGCCGCGCACGGCGUCGCGGCCACCGUCGCCGUCCCGGACUUCAUCCACCGCCGCAUCUCCGGCGGCGGCUGCGCGGCAGCAGCCUGCGGCGGGGUGGCGCUCGCGUCCAUCCCCAGCGGCAUCGCCGAGGACGGCUCCGGCUCCGACGCCGCCCCGGGGUUCGCCGUCAUCGUGCACGCCAUGGAGCACCACAUGCCCGCGCACCUGGAGCGCAUGCUCACUUCGCCGCCCCGCAGCAGGCCGCCGGUCGCCUGCGUCGUCGUCGACGUGCUCGCGUCGUGGGCCGUCCCCGUCGCCGCGCGCUGCGGCGUCCCGGCGGUCGGGUUCUGGCCCGCGAUGCUCGCCAGCUACCGCAUCGUCGCCGCCAUCCCGGAGCUCAUCGAGAAGGGCCUCAUCUCGGAAUCUGGUACACCGAUCUCGUCGAGCGACUCGUCCGACGGCGACGAUGAGCAGCAGGACGCCGGCGACCAGAUGAUCCGGGGCCUCAAGAUCCUCCCUGCGCAGGUGGAGCUCCGCGCCGGGGAGCUACCGUGGCUCGUCGGCGACUCGGCCACCCAGAGGUCGCGGUUCGCCUUCUGGCUCCAGAACUUGCACCGCGCCAGGAGCUUCCGCUGGGUCCUCGUCAACUCCUUCCCGGGCGAGGCCGGCGUUGCCGCCGGUGAUGACGUGCACCGCCUCGCGCGGCAGAGUCCGCAGGUCCUCCCGGUUGGGCCGGCGCUGCUUCCCGGCGGCACGAAGCAUCAGCAGCAGCAGCCGCCGUGCGGCAACAACAACGACGGCAAGAACCCCAGCAUGUGGCGCGCGGACUCGACGUGCAUCGGGUGGCUGGACGCGCAGCGCGCGGGGUCGGUGGUGUACGUCUCGUUCGGCAGCUGGGUGGGGUCGAUCGGCCCGGACAAGGUCCGGGAGCUGGCGCUGGGGCUGGAGGCCACGGGCCGGCCCUUCCUGUGGGCGCUCAAGCGCGACCCCUCCUGGCGCGCGGGGCUCCCCGAGGACUUCGCGGAGCGCGUGGCCGCUGCCGGGCGGGGCAAGUUGGUGGACUGGGCGCCGCAGGAGGACGUGCUCCGGCACGGCGCCGUCGGGUGCUACCUCACCCACUGCGGCUGGAACUCCACGCUGGAGGCGAUCCGGCACGGGGUGCCCCUGCUGUGCUACCCGGUGUCCGGGGACCAGUUCAUCAACUGCGCCUACAUCACGGGGCCGUGGGGGAUCGGGCUCAGGCUAGCCGGCGGCAUGACGUGGGGCGACGUGAGCGGCAGCAUCGGGAGGGUCAUGGACGACGCCGGCGAGGGGAGGCGCCUGCGGGAGAAGGUCCGGGCGCUGAGGGAGCGCGUCGUGGCGGCGGAGGCGAGGCGCGCGGCGGACCGGAACGUCGGGUCGUUCGUGGACGAGGUCAGGAGGGAGCACCCGCUGCUGAUGCAAAUAUACUGUCAUCAUCCCUGAAAGAACACGAGCCAAUGCAAAACUCUCAAUUCGCUCCCUCCACAUCCGGAGUGCCUGGUUCCUGCAACGUGUAUCGCCGCAACCGGAUUCGUUCACCCGUCGCCUCCCCGACAGAAAGUUCGGCCGCCGAUGGCCGGAAGGUGCGUGCAUUUCCACUCCUCCACGCACGCAGAUCGGAAAGAACCGGCCGUGAAAACUACAGUGCUCGUCCAGUGCGCGCAGGAUAGGAUCGCAGCAGCGGCCGGCGUUCCGACGUGGUUGAAACUGGAACCUGGGCGCCGUCGCAACGUGAUUUCUACGCAUGCACACGCUUUUUACAAGUGCUGGCAACAAAUAGACAUGGCUCGUGCACGUAACUCGCUAGGGCAUGAUGAUGAUGAUCCCAUAUCCUCCGGGAGAAAGAUCAGACGGGGAUUGGCCGACGCGUCCAAAUGCUCAAGAAAAAAGAAUCGCCGGAGUGGGGUGUAUCCUGCUGUUACUGAAGGCCGAAAAGCGUAAAGGACUACGAAUAGAUUGAAGGGGCACUUCACUUCCGCACUUGUUUAUUUGUGAAGUUGUGAGUUGUGACCGACUGACCGAGACCUGAGAGCACCCGGGCGCCAAAAGGCAGCGACGGCCGGCCGCUAGUGCUCGCCGCGGACUACUAGGAUAGAAUGCGUGAUGCCUGAUGCGGCCAGCUGCUGCGCUGACACGACGGCGAGGGAUUCCAGGGUGCCUGGCGUUUUCCAUGUGCUCGCCAAGCCAACCGGCCAGAAGCGAGAUUUGUUGCCAGGCAUCAGGCAGCGCAGCAGCCGGCAUCCGCCAGGAGGCAGGAGCGGUCAGGAAUCCCAAUCUAGAUCGUGGCCGUACGAUCCAGCUUUCCCACCGUUUUGAUUGACACGACUUGGGCUCGGGAUUAGACUUGAGACGCCGCGUGCUCUCGACUGUUAUGUACUACUUACGUCGGGCUGGGCCGUCCAGUACCGGCCUGAGUUUUAUAUCUAAAAACAAAAGUACCGUCUGGACAGUACAGCCUGCUGGUCUGUUGAAUUGUGUCGUACCAUCCAUCGUUGCCCCGGCUUGGCCAGGGAUUGAUAGGCCGACAAAUAUCUGGGGCCUGGGCACUACGUUCAGAGAAAUUAGAUCCAAAUCGUACUCUGAUUUUAAUGUAUGUCAUGUAACUUUCUA